CUCGCUAGUAGUAACUAAAUGAACAAAAUACGAAAAGUAUUACUGCCUCAAUGUUCAUGAGAGGAAGAGAACAGAUUGAAGAGAUCAUAGAUGGUGCUAUAAUGGAGUGGGACUUGAAGGAAUUUGGUUGGGAAUCAACUGAUUUUGACCCAAGAGAGGAUGAACGCCUUGAACUUGAUUGUGAUGAUAAUCAUCAUCAUGAUGAUCCAGUACUUGAAUUCAUCAAUUCCACUAGACAGAAGAUAAACACAGCACCAGCUGAUCAAUCUCCAGAGGCUUUGAGGCUUAAAACUAGUACCACCAAUAUGGCUGACCAAUACUUAGCAGACGCUGCAGGGUCACCGGAGAAACAAAACGACGUCGUGCGAGGGUCGGAUUUGAUGGCAUCAAAGAGGCGAAGUGGGACUCAAAAGAUGUCAUGUUUGGUUGAUGGUUGCAAGGCAGAUCUCAGUAGUUGUAGGGACUAUCACAGACGCCACAGAGUCUGCGAGAAACACUCCAAGACCCCAAUUGUUACUGUCAAGGGUGAAGAGAAAAGAUUCUGCCAGCAGUGCAGUAGAUUCCACUCUCUUGGGGAGUUUGAUGAGGUGAAGAGGAGCUGCAGAAAACGCCUUGAUGGACACAAUCGGCGCCGAAGAAAAUCCCAGUCAGAACCUCUUUACUGGAGUUCGAAGAGCUUUCUCUCGGGCUACAAAGGUCCAAGAAUCUUGCAUUUUGGCAAUCCUCAGAUAUAUGCAACAGCUACUGUGAAAGGCAUGUGGCCUAUGGAGACCAAAACUGGCUCAGAAUCAUGGACUCACACCCCCCACAGACGGUUCCAAAUAAUUAAUUAUCAGCAAAAUCCUCCAACACCCUUCAAUGGGGGAGAUAAAAGUCUGUUUUUCUUGCAGAAAACAAACGACACCAAAUUAGGAGGGAACCAAACCAACCCAGAUGAGUACCUCCGCCACCCUUUGGCUCCACCAGGAAAGGGAAGGGAAAAAAGGGACAAUUACAAUCCCAAGCACAAGCACAAGCACAAGCACAUGAUCAUGGUAUCUGAUGAAGAGUUAUCUCUGCCUAUCGAUUCAGGUGGCCGUGCUCUCUAUCUUCUGUCAACACAUCCAACGCACUUGAUCUCCUCAAGCAACAACAAUUACAACCAUUUGGCGCAGCCCCAUGAGAGCUGUUCCUUUCAGCUUCUUGACAACACUAAGAAUGCAAAGAACAGGCCUGUGGAUCCCCCUCUCCCAAUCUAUGAUGCUGCGGCCAACAAGCAGGCCAACAUGCUGCUUCGGUUGGGACCCGACGGCUUGUUGGAACACGGGGCUCUCCAAAUGCUUCCGAUUUCGUUGGAGUAGUUGGCUCCUGAGCUUAUGUUUUGGUUUCUCUGGUAUUUGAAUAAAUUAUCUGAGGAGUGUUAGUCAACUAGAGAAAGCUACCAAUAAGACUUUUUAAGCUUGUGAGAUGGAUGUUUGUGUUGCUAUUGUUGUCGUAUGUCGGAACUUUUGUGACAACUUUCUUGCUCGUGAAAGAAACAAACCCUGUGUUGUUUUGUGUUGCUUUCGUUUUAAUUUCCAUAGCGUGAUUAUAAGGUGUAUAGUUUAUUGUACUACUAGUACUUUGUGUGGUUAACAACG